AUGAAAUCAAACCUUUCUGCGUUCCUAUUGUUGUUCCUUCUCCAUCAAUCCCUUUUCGCGAAGGCUGGUAUUGGGUUUUCUCUUUCUAAAAUUGUCCCAAUCGCAUCCAAGUGGUUUAGGGGAAAAAUAUCGCCUAAACAGAUUAUUAACCAUUUCCCCGAACCAGACUUUUCUUCUCCACAACAAUACCAAACACCAAAGGAAAUCAAAGGCUUGUCUCGAAUCAAAGAGUACUUUUCUAACUUUGGCUACCUUCAAUUCUCUGAGACAUUCGACGAUUUUUUGGACCAGCAAACAGUAUCAGCCAUCCAGACCUACCAGUAAUCUUUCAAUCUCUAAGUUACCGGCUACCUAAACAACGAGACAUUAGAACUAAUCUUACUACCCCGAUGUGUUGUCCCCGACAUGAAUUUCACCAACGAUUUCACUGAAAACGUGUCGUGGCCCAAAGCCGGCAACCAGUGGUUCCAUAAGAUAAAACUCACGUAUGGUUUUCUUCCGAAAAGUAAUAUCCCGGACAACGCCAAGAAAGUGUUAGGACAGGCAUUCACGCGGUGGGCGAAUGCCACAGGGCGUUUGAACCUCACGCAGACAAACUACGAUGACGCUGACAUUAAGGUUGGAUUCUACAAUGAUGUUCUGGACUUGGAGACUAUGAUGAUGCAUGAGAUUGGACAUUUACUUGGACUUGACCACUCUUUCUUGCAUGAGUCUGUUAUGUACCCUUACAUUUUGCCAUCACAGCAACGAAAGAUACAACUCUCCAACUUCGACAAGAACAACAUUCUGCAACAGUACAUUGAAUCCAAUUCUGGUUAUUAUGGAAGUUGGAGAGUGCUUGUAAUUACCACCUUGUCCCUUGGAUUUAGUUAUAUGGUGCUUCUGGCUUGA